CAGCAUUGAUGUAACCUUCUUCCCCUUUGAUCAACAGAACUGCAAAAUGAAAUUUGGGUCAUGGACUUACGACAAGGCCAAGAUUGACUUGGAGAGCAUGGAGCACCAUGUCGACCUUAAGGACUACUGGGAAAGUGGGGAAUGGGCCAUUAUCAGUGCGGUGGGCACUUAUAAUACCAAGAAAUAUGAUUGUUGCAGUGAGAUCUACCCUGAUAUCACUUAUAGCUUCAUCAUCCGCCGUUUGCCUCUCUUCUACACCAUUAAUCUCAUUAUCCCUUGCCUUCUAAUUUCCUGCUUGACCGUGUUGGUCUUCUACCUGCCAUCUGACUGUGGUGAGAAGAUCACCCUGUGCAUCUCUGUCCUUCUGUCCCUCACUGUCUUUCUCCUACUUAUCACUGAAAUCAUCCCAUCCACUUCCCUAGUUAUCCCACUCAUUGGCGAAUAUUUGCUUUUCACCAUGAUCUUCGUCACCCUCUCCAUUGUCAUCACAGUCUUUGUUCUCAACGUCCAUCAUCGCUCUCCCAGUACUCACAAGAUGCCACACUGGGUCCAGAAUGUUUUUCUGGAUUUCAUUCCCCGUUGGCUCUUCAUGAAACGCCCUCCUGUAAUAGCUUCAGGGUUGAGGGUGACCAGUGAAGAGGUCAUUGCACAAUACGACAUGCCCCCGGCGAAUCUCAGCACUUCACAGUGUUGGCUGGAAACAGACGUAGAUGAUAGGUGGGAUGAGGAAGAGGAGAAUCAGGAAGAGAUGAUUCAGGCUGGCCGACUACCCCUGCAAAGCAUUUCUCACCACCAAUGCCUUCAGUAUCGCUACACCAGUGCUCAACAUCUGGGAAGAAGAUUUGUGGAACUGGUUCAUCGCCCAGCCACUAUCAAAACAGAAAGUUCAGCUUCAUCUGAGCAGGGCAUCCGGCUGUCUCCAAGCAUCUUGAAGGCGCUGGAGGGGGUGCACUUCAUAGCAAAUCACCUGCGGGCUGAGGAUGCAGAUUUCUCGGUCAAAGAAGAUUGGAAAUAUGUUGCCAUGGUGAUUGACCGCAUCUUCCUCUGGAUGUUUAUCUUUGUCUGUUUGUUGGGGACAAUUGGACUUUUCCUUCCUCCAUUUCUGGCAGGCAUGAUCUAGCAUUGAUAUGCAGGAUGAAGUCGCUGCCUUUCAAUAUAUCAACAUCACCAGACAGUCUCCAUAAAAAUGCCACCCAAUCUUCC